AUGAGAUCUUAAAGCUCAUCUAUGUAUGAAAGCACCUAGCAAAUAAUUUUUGAGGAAAAUACAAAUUAGUAACACAUAAAAUAAAAUAAUAAAGGUAUUUCUAGCUUCUAUAGCAAAGCCUCUGAUAAUGACUACGAUCUUAAUACUACGCGUGAUAGCUUAACUACUUGUAAAAAAUAUCAAGUCAAUGAAAGCAUGAAAAUGAAAAAGUAAGAGAGAAAAUAAAAAAAAGAAGAGAAGAAUCAUAAAAUGCUUGAAAGGCUAUAAUCUCUACCUAAAAGAAUUCUUCGAAGCUAAAAAUAAAAUGAAUGUUUGAAACCAAAUUAAGAAGACCCAUCAGAUGAAAUAUAAUUGAACAAUAGCUCAGAGAAUCACCAUUUGAUUGUGAAUGAAGAUACUAAUUAAUUAGAAAAAAAUACCAAAAUUGAUUUGUUUUCUUUUGUAAAUUUGAAUCAGUAAUAAUAAUAAAUCGAAAUAAACUAGUUGUAAAUAAACUUUUUAGAACGAAAAUAAUACGAAACAUAUAAUGAAUAAAUUAAUUAAAACCCAAGCAAUGAAGAUUAAAAAUCCAAUAAAGUUAAGCAGAAUAAUUAAUAGUAUUUAAAUUAUUAAUAAGAAGAAUAAGAACAAAUACUUUUUGAAAAGUAGGAGGAUUUAAAUAGUAUUUUUUCAUAAAAAAAUUAUGAAUUUGAUUAGAACAAAUGUAGUUAUUUAAACUAAAAUUAAGAGUAAAUACAAACCAACAACUAAAAUUUGAUGAAUAAUAAUAGUAUUUUGAUAGAUUAUAACUUACCUUCCUAAUAAAUUCCUUUUGAGAAUUUUAGAUUCAGCGAUGAGCUAUCUUGCUAAUAAUCCGAUAACUAUUAAGACUACAAUGGUCAGUACAUUUAUUAGAAUGAAGAUUUUUUUUAAUUAUUAGAUUAUAAUUACUCUAAUUAGUUUGAAUAGGAAAAUCAGCAAAAUAAUAAUAAUUAAAAAUCAAACAAUGAUCCAACUUAAAUAGAUGAAAGUUUCUAAAAAUAGAAAUAAGAUAAUUAGAAAAUUGAAUUAGAUAAUGUAAGCUCCAAAAGCCACUAAUGUAAUUUUAACUUAAUUAAAUUGUAAAAAAAUAACAUUGUAAAAAAUCUAAUGUCUACUUUUAAGAGGUUCAUAUUCAACUUAUUUGAGAUAACACCAAUUAAAAAAUAAAAAAACGUCUAAGAGGAAGACUUAUAAUAUUAAUCAAAUAAAACAAUAAUGAAAAUCUACCUUGACUGUAAUUCUCAGAAUGAUAAACAAAUAAUUUAAAAAACCCGCUAAAGUGUUUUGAAUCUUUAUAAUUAAAAUCAUAAUCAUAAAUAAUGCUUUGAUGAAAAGAUAUUUUUAAAAAGGUUUGAAAGGUAUAUAAAAAAUAAAUCUUAUAACCAGCAUUCAAUGAAUCUUUUAAUUAAUCAUUCUUCUUUUUCUCAAGUUUUUAAAUAUUUCUUAUAAAAUUUUGCUAAUAAUUGGCUAAUGAAUUCGAAUAUAAGUAAUUAAAAUUCUUAUAAAAUAGUAAUUGAAUUCUUAAUUAAAGAAUGA